AUGUCGACAACAGCAGCAGGUGGUGCAGGAGACGGAGGGGUGCCGAUACUGCUGCUCAAGACCAAAUCGACACCCGGAGACAGCUAUGAGGAUCUCUUCUCGCAGCCGCAGGGGGGGGUCUCCUUUGUGCCUUCCUUUGUGCCAGUACUGGAACACCGGUUCGAGGAGGCCGGCGUGACACGAGUCCGGUCUAUCCUGCAGUCCCAGGUGGUCGGCAAACACUUCGGGGCAGCAUACGGUGGACUCGUCUUCACGUCUCAGAGAGCUGUGGAGGCAUUCACAAAGAUUGUUCAGGACGGCCCAGGUGAGAAGCAGAGCGAUCCCUCCAAAACAACCCUGUCGUGGCCCCAUCUCCAGGAGGUCCCCGUGUACAGCGUCGGGCCGGCCACCACAAGGGCGCUCAAGGCUGUCCCCCAGGACCCUCCCCUACGGGUAUUUGGUGAGCACACAGGCAACGGCGACAGCCUCGCCCACUUCAUCCUGGACCACUAUGCGCAGUGGUACCAAGACCGGACCGAGGAGAAGCCCGCGUUGCUGUUCAUGGUUGGCGAGCAAAGGAGAGACAUCAUCCCCAAGACCGUCAUGGACGACAAACUGCCAAGUGACAGGCGAAUCGAGGUUGACGAGGUCGUGGUCUACGGCACUGGGGUUAUGGAGUCGUUCGCAGACGACUUCCAGAGGCGCCUGCAGGAGACCAAGGAGAGCAGGAUGGUCUGGAUCGUCGUCUUCUCGCCGACGGGCUGCGACGCCAUGCUGCGCGGCCUGGGCAUGAUAGACGAGGCGACAGGGAAGGCAAAGCCCAACGAUCCGAACAGGACGAGGUUCGUCGCCACAAUUGGGCCUACAACGAGGAAUUACCUGCAGAGGACGUUCGGCCUCGACCCAGACGUGUGCGCUGAGAAGCCGAGCCCAGAAGGCGUCCUCGAGGGGAUCCAACAGUUCAUGUCGCGGAUAUCAUGA